GCGGGGCCUGGCGGGAGGGGGCGGGGCGGGCAGCCGAUUGCGCCGCGCCGGGACUGACUGGCUAACCCGUGCCCGACCCCCACCUACUCGCCCGCCCCCUCCGGGGCCACCCGGGGACUCUGACCCCCCGGCCUGGCGCCGCCUGACGGAGCGGGAGUGGCUGCUCCGGGCCGGCCGGCGCCGGGGGUGAGGCUGCCCGGACGGGUCUAGGGGCGCGCGAGGUGCCGAGCAUCCCACUCAGCUCGCCGGCCCCGGCCCCCGCCUCCCCCGCUCCUCCCGCCUGGCCGCCCCGGCCCGCCGUGACCCACGGCCGCCUCCGGAGCCCGACGCGCAGGGCAUAUACUUCUCUUGUCUUGGUUGGAUGCACAAAUCUGUGUGCAGUGCUUUUUGCCCGUUGCCUAGACGAUCACUUGGUUUCUCUGAGGAUGUCUGGUUCUCGUAAAGAGUUUGAUGUGAAACAGAUUUUGAAAAUCAGAUGGAGGUGGUUUGGUCAUCAAGCAUCAUCUCCUAAUUCUACAGUUGACAGCCAGCAGGGAGAAUUUUGGAACCGAGGACAGACUGGAGCAAACGGUGGGAGAAAGUUUUUAGAUCCAUGUAGCCUACAAUUGCCUUUGGCUUCAAUUGGUUACCGAAGGUCCAGCCAACUGGAUUUUCAGAAUUCACCUUCUUGGCCAAUGGCAUCCACCUCUGAAGUCCCUACAUUUGAGUUUACAGCAGAAGAUUGUGGCGGUGCACACUGGCUGGAUAGACCAGAAGUGGAUGAUGGCACUAGUGAAGAAGAAAAUGAAUCUGAUUCCAGUUCAUGCAGGACUUCCAAUAGUAGUCAGACAUUAUCAUCCUGUCAUACUAUGGAGCCAUGUACAUCAGAUGAAUUUUUCCAAGCCCUUAAUCAUGCCGAGCAAACAUUUAAAAAAAUGGAAAACUAUUUGAGACAUAAACAGUUGUGUGAUGUAAUUUUAGUCGCUGGUGAUCGCAGAAUUCCAGCUCACAGAUUGGUGCUCUCCUCUGUCUCAGACUAUUUUGCUGCCAUGUUUACUAAUGAUGUCAGAGAAGCAAGACAAGAAGAAAUAAAAAUGGAAGGUGUAGAACCAAAUUCAUUGUGGUCCUUGAUCCAGUAUGCUUAUACAGGCCGCCUUGAAUUAAAAGAAGAUAAUAUUGAGUGCCUGUUGUCUACAGCUUGCCUUCUUCAGCUUUCACAGGUUGUAGAAGCAUGCUGUAAGUUUUUAAUGAAACAGCUUCAUCCAUCCAACUGCCUUGGAAUUCGUUCCUUUGCUGAUGCCCAAGGUUGUACAGAUUUGCAUAAAGUGGCUCACAAUUAUACUAUGGAGCAUUUCAUGGAAGUAAUCAGAAACCAGGAAUUUGUAUUAUUACCAGCCAGCGAAAUUGCAAAGCUCUUGGCUAGUGAUGACAUGAACAUUCCUAAUGAGGAGACAAUAUUGAAUGCACUUCUUACUUGGGUCCGUCAUGAUUUGGAACAGAGACGGAAAGAUCUAAGUAAACUUUUGGCUUAUAUUAGGCUACCUCUUCUUGCACCACAGUUCCUGGCAGACAUGGAAAAUAACGCACUUUUUCGGGAUGAUAUAGAAUGUCAGAAACUCAUUAUGGAAGCAAUGAAGUACCAUUUAUUACCAGAGAGACGACCCAUGUUACAAAGUCCUCGGACAAAACCUAGGAAGUCAACUGUUGGUACAUUAUUUGCAGUUGGGGGAAUGGACUCAACAAAAGGAGCAACAAGCAUUGAAAAGUAUGAUCUCCGUACAAAUAUGUGGACUCCAGUAGCAAAUAUGAAUGGGAGGAGGCUACAGUUCGGUGUUGCAGUGCUAGAUGACAAACUGUAUGUGGUUGGAGGAAGAGAUGGACUGAAGACUUUGAAUACUGUAGAGUGCUACAACCCCAAAACAAAAACUUGGAGUGUGAUGCCACCUAUGUCCACACAUAGACAUGGCCUUGGUGUGGCUGUACUGGAAGGUCCCAUGUAUGCCGUAGGAGGACAUGAUGGCUGGAGCUAUCUGAACACAGUGGAAAGAUGGGACCCUCAGGCUCGCCAGUGGAAUUUUGUUGCCACUAUGUCUACCCCUAGGAGUACAGUAGGUGUGGCAGUACUAAGUGGAAAACUUUAUGCAGUUGGUGGUCGUGAUGGAAGUUCUUGUCUCAAAUCAGUAGAAUGUUUUGAUCCUCAUACUAAUAAGUGGACACUGUGUGCACAGAUGUCAAAAAGGAGAGGUGGCGUAGGAGUGACAACGUGGAAUGGACUGCUGUAUGCUAUAGGGGGGCACGAUGCUCCCGCAUCCAACUUGACUUCCAGACUCUCAGACUGUGUGGAGAGAUAUGAUCCCAAAACAGACAUGUGGACUGCAGUAGCAUCCAUGAGCAUCAGCAGAGAUGCAGUGGGGGUCUGUUUACUUGGUGAUAAGUUAUAUGCUGUUGGGGGGUAUGAUGGACAGGCAUACCUUAAUACCGUGGAGGCUUAUGAUCCCCAGACAAAUGAGUGGACCCAGGUAUGGCAUUCAUAUUUCAUUAUUACACUGACUCUCUUUUUAUUAAAACAAUUCUUUUGGUAAAACAGAUCCCCUCAAUCUUGUCCAAUACUGAAAUAUAUGGCAUAAAUAUGACAAUCACUUUUUGAUUAAAGAUGAGAAAAAGAGCCAAUGUUUAAUUUUGUAACAUGAUUAAAAUCCAGAAUUACCUUUGAGAUGUAAGUUAAUACUCAGAGAAAUUAUUAAUUAUCUGCUACCACUUGCAUGAUGAAGUGUUCUAGCCUGAUUAAGGCUAAUAGGACUACAGGAGGGCUGUAACAAUGGGAGGGGAGACUGGAAAAUAAAAACAAGGAUAGUAGUCAGAAAACUUUGAACAACUUGCCCGUGCAUGAGCAGUCGGAUUUUUAAAUACUCAACCCAUUGAUAUUUGGGAGCAGAUUAAAGUCCUGAUAACCUAAUGAAGAUGGCAACCCUAAAUUACACUAAGUAAGAAACCUGAUCUGGCAAUCUUACUAACAGAAAAAAUUUCACCCUUGUGUAUUUCUGGGAGGGUCUAGCACGUCUAAAAAUGACUUUUGAGAUCUUUGCUUCCAUCAUCACCAAGAACAGAAUCAGGAUGACACCCAGUUCAGUACUUGGUACAUAAAAGACAAUAAAUGUUUAACUGAGCCAAGAUUUUCUUGUAUACAAGGAGCAAUGGUAAGUAUUGUCAAGAAAACAAAGCUUCUAGGCCGGGCACGGUGGCUCAUGCCUAUAAUCCCAGCACUUUGGGAGGCUGAGGCGGGCAGAUCACGAGGUCAGGAGGUCAAGACCAGCCUGACCAAUAUGGUGAAACCCCGUCUCUACUAAAAAUACAAAAAAAUUAGCUGGGCAUGGUGGCACGUGCCUGUAAUCCCAGCUACUCAGGGGGCUAAGGCAGGAGAAUCGCUUGAACCCAGGAGGCAGAGGUUGCAGUGAGCGGAGAUUGUGCCACUGCACUCCAGCCUGGGUGACAGAGUGAGACUCCAUCUUAAAAAAAAAAAAAAAGGAAAGAAAAGAAAGCUUCUGAGAAGCCCCACGGUCAUACUAACGGACUUACUAACCUAAGUAAGGUCUUGGGUAGGUAAGAUCUACAUGUGCAGGAGGAGAAUGCACCACACAAGGCAGUGAGUAUUUAGUGUCCCGUGGUACAGGCGCCAAGUGAUACGGGAGAUAAGAGAGAAAAAAGAAAGUGGUUAUGGGGAAAGCUUUAGUGAGAAUGAAGUGGGAUUUAAACCAAGCCUUAGUGAAUUGAUCCAGUUCAAAAAGAUUGGAAAGAAGAAAUUGUGAGAAAAUGUGAAAGAAAUGUCACCAAAGCAGAAUUGUGUGAGACAUAUUGAAGUAUGACUGGUUAUAAGGAUCUGUGCUUGAGAGGAGAAGGAGUGCUUACUGGAGAGGAAGAUUGGGGUCAGAAUGGAGAUCUGUGAGACCAAAGUGGGAGGAUCGCUUGAGGUCAGGAAUUCCAGACCAGCGUGGGUGACAAAGUGAGGCGCCAUCUCUACAAAAA